AGAUUAUCUUUCUUCCCGUUCGUGAAAAUUUUAUGUUUUGGGUAGAAGGUCACCUGUAGUUUAUGUGAUCCCUACACAAAACACAAAUUUGUUACAGGAAAAUAUGUUUCAUAAGACUAUUGCGGUUAGGCUAGCUUAUGGCUCAAUGUCGCUGUUCAUAGCGAUUCUACACAAUGUCUUCCUUUUGUAUUACGUAGACAUAUUUGUUUCUGUGUACAAAAUUGAUCGGAAUUCCUUUUGGUUGGGAGAGGUAAGCAGUUUUAUCUUGUUUAGAAUUCCCUCCUUAUUGUGACGUUAACGUGAUGUGUUUUAUUUGAAAAUAUAGUUUUGUAAGGGAAAUGAUGAAACUCGUGUCUCCAUGGCUUAAACAAACAAUCGCGCGAUAAAUCUUGCAUACGAAACAGAUCAUUCUGCGACUGAUUUGAACGUGUUAUAAACUACGUCAUCCACAAAUGUUCUGCUUGAACCAGAAGUAAGAACGUUUAGCAUUCAUGGCCAUUUAAACAAAAAACAUUUUUUGGACUAUCCCAUCAUGAUAUAAGCUUGAAAACUUGUUUCCAGUUCUCCCAAACAGGAAGCCAUAUAAUAAACAUCUUAUCAGCCUCAUUUUUCUCGAGCCAUACUCACUGUAAAUUAUGGAUCCUCAUUUUUUUCCAUAGAUUUAUGGUGCCACGCUUUGCGCUUGGACCAAAAAUUGAUAGCAAAAAACUGGGUCUGUAAUUUACAGUAUGCACCGAGAACUCGUUUUUAUGGAGGGGAAGGGGUGGCAGUGUAUGUUGUAGGUCAAAUUAAAAUUUAACCUGAAUUUAAUUUUGACCUGUAACAUGAAUAUUAAAUGGCGUGGCACUUAGCAUGGGGAAGCUGGUUCUUGCUUUAAUUUAAUACAAAAGUGUACCAUCAUGCCUUGGAGCAGACAAAAUAGAGAUAAAUUUGUGACCCAUUAUUCCUAAAUAACAGGCACCAGCUGUUCCGCAUAAAUGGGACAAAGGCAUGCAUGUAACUCAAAGCAGAGUGUCUGUGUGUCAGUGAUGAACUGUGGCAUUGGAAGAGUGGAUAAUCUUGGUCAGGAACAAUCAGGGAUUUUAAGGAGACUGACGAGAAAUCAUCCCUGUUCAAUAAUAUUAUAAAGUAACUUUACCCUUUAGGUCCCAAGAGUGACCAACAUCAAUUUUCUCCUAACAACAUCAGCAGAUCAUCAAGAGUAAAGGUUAUGAGAAUUACUAAAUUGAUUACCAAAGGGAGAAUCCUUUGAUCUUAAACCAAAUUCUCUCAACUGUUCUUAAAAGAAAUGUAUGGAGAUCAGUCUGGAGAAUUUGUAUGUGGAUCUUGGGGCUUAAAGGGUUAAAAAUCCAAGUCCAAAGAGAAAGAGGCAAAAAUGUCCAGUAUAGCUGACUCCUAGGUUGAGUUGUUCAAAGCCGUUUAGCUCCAGUCACUGUAAACUGCAGGGCCUGCUGGUUGAAAUCUCAACAUUAACCCUGAAUUUGCAAUGAUCAUCCUUUGAACAACUGGGCAAUGGGUAAAUAUAUAAUUAUAUACACUUCCUAUUUUGCAAUCAGGACUCCAGCUUGAACUUGAACUUCAACUUUAUUCAUUCACUUUCAAUUUACAAUUACACGACAGCUUCCACCCGCGUAUAGGAGAGCCUAAUCGAGGCGGGGGAAGAGACACACAAAUUUAAAGAAAGAAAAGAUAAGAUAAGAAGCUUUGUUUCAGUACUUUGUCCUCAUAAGCCCAAGUGUAUAAAUAAUGGCAGCUCCACAAGAUGUUGCUGGAGGUAACAUUGCAGUGGACUAGCAUUCUUUUCAUGGGUUAGUUACAAUAUUAUUCCCAGGUGGUUCAUGCUUCUUCGGGCCUGUUUACUUGGAGGUAGGAGGAAGGUGAGGUAACCUGCUUAGAUGGGGUAACCCACCUGUCCAUAUACUCUCUUAUGUGGCCACCCUACCUAUCAUGAUGUAGACAUAAUCAAUAAAUAUAUUUUAAAUGAGAGACUACAUGGAAAGGCAGGUUACCCCACCUAAGCGAGUUACCUCACCUACCUGGGGUCCCCCAUGUCCAUGUAAACAGGUCCUAAAGCCUGUAUAAGCCCUUGCUGUGAGAGCCCCUUGGCUGCUACAUGUAGAAUGCCUUUGUGAUGAGGCUGAUUUUUUUAGGUACAUUCAUUGAUCAGGACUAAAUAUGGAAAGAGAAUUUAAAAUUUUGCCAUUUGUUUUCUGAUUAUUUAUACCUGUACCUUUCUUCCACACUAGGCAAUUUUUUUGGUAUGGAACUCACUGAAUGAUCCUCUGUUUGGUUGGUUGAGUGACCACAGAGCACUUGGAAAAAACCAGUAAGUUUUUAUUGACCUGACCGACUGUGACACUAUAAACAAGCAAAGCAGUGUGGGGAACUUACUUAUGCUGUAAAUGCUGUAAAUUACUCUUCUCUGUUUUAAGUAAUGUGAACAUUAAUGCUUUUCAACACUUCCUGUCUAAGAAAGAAACACAGCGACACACCCUUGGCAUAUUUGUAAGUAAAAGUUAUUCGGGAUAAAUUCCCAUAAAACUCAAAAUCUCUUCCUUCUACACUCGCUGUAUCCAAAUUUGGUGACUGAAAGAUGAAACAAGUUACUCAAAGAACCUUAAGUUGAUGUCAGCAAAUCGGACAAAGGUAUUAAGGCAGUGAUUAACACCUAUGGAAUUCUGACCAAUCGGGAUUUUUACACCUCUCUGAUGGAUGUAACAAAUGAAAAACACAAUAGUGUCCUUACAGGCAUUCCCUUACUUCUCCCUUGAGUGCCUCUCCCUUUUUUGGUGUGUCAAUAAUUCUCUUCCUUUUCCCUAUGUAACAAUGCUCACCACACAGGCUUAGAUAAGCUCUGGCCCAAUGAGCCCCUUUAAGACUCGAAAGCAGAUUUUACCUUAACUUUAACUCUGUUUUGCAGAUGACGAUAAUCAUAAUAAUAGCAAUAAUAUUAAUAUUUAUCAUUAUGAUAAACGGCGAUUCAAUUUACAGGAUAGGAAAAAACGUUUUACACACAAGCUUUCAAUAUUUUGUCAGGCUUCGGUAUUGAACAGAGACGCUUGUUGUGAGCUCCCCUCGAUCUAGCGAGAUAUUUUGUCACUUGAUUCACAGUACAAAUCAUGUGACAAAAUUCCCAAAUCCAUCACUUCAUAAAGGUUUCACAAGGAACCAAAAGCUUGUGACUGUGUAAAAUGUUUUUUCCUAUCCUGUAGAUUGAAUCGUCGUGUAUUAUAUCAUUCUGACAGGAUUAAGUAACUCUUUUUCGUUAAUACUUUUUUUUAUUAUUAAAUACUAUUAUUUGUUUAUUAGAAGUAGUAUUAGUAUUAAAAUCUGUUAUUGUAUUGAUUGUCUUAUGCCAAUUUUAUUUUUGGCUGUAAAUCAUGUUAGUGCCAUAAUUAAUUAAGAUACCAGGUGUACUAAAAAAAUCAUUCUGUUUGUCAUUUUUUCAGUUAUAUAAGUUUCCUUUUUUUCUUUUCCCAACAGGUCAAGCCUUACUCAACCAGAGAUUGUUCAAAAACGUUUCAGGUACUUGCCAGUCACAAAUAAACAAUUUUACUUGAAGGCACAUUGCGUAUUGAAGCUUUUGUUAGGAAUGGCUAGAAAGUCAAAUAAGUUGUUAUGAUAAGGAAUUCGAAUAAAAUGAAAAUCAAAUUAGGUUUCUAAAAAUAUAAAUUAUCUAUAAAUAUAAAUAUAAUUUAAAAUAAAAUAUAACGAUUUAAAGGUAGCACAUCCACAUAAUGGUUCUUCAUCUACCAUUCCUGGCGACAAAUUGGAAUUUAAAAAUGUUGGUUUUUGAGGAGAGUGGAAAACUGGAGUACCCAGAGAAAAACCUCUCAGAGCAAGAGAGGGAACCAACAACAAGCUCAACCCACAUAUAUACAGCUGUUUCAAGAAUGGUUUUCGGAAAAAGUGCAUGCGACAACCCCAAAAGGUAUUGUGGGUGGUUUUGAGUUCACUGUUUUUCAAAAAAAAUUCAAACAAUGGCACAAGUGGCCAAGGACAUAAUUUGUGAGUGCUAAAGGAAAGCAACAAGAAGUGGAUUUGACAGCUCCAGUGUCAGGAACGGUGUAUUGAUCAUAUUCCGUACUACUUUUCAGGAUUCUCACGUGCUCAUCUUUUUUGGUCAACCUUUCUCGAAAUAGCUGUAUAUUUUAUCAACAUUAAAGUUUGGACCUGGACCACAUUAGUGGCAGCUAGGCAAGUGCUCUCACCAUUGUGCCACCCUUGCUCUCCAAAGAUGGUCCUGACCGUAACCUUAUUGUUCUAUUACAGAGCUCUUACGAAGUAUGGACCACUGUUCACCUUGUCCUUCUUGUGUGUCUGGUUUCGCUGGUGCCACCCAUCAAUCCAAUUUGUCCUAUGUCUCUGUUUAUAUGAUGGAUUUUUAACAAUGAUAGACUUAAACCACCUUGCCCUUCUUGCUGACUUGGCAUUGUCAAGUGAUGAUAGGGCGACUCUCAACUGGUACUGCUCAGUUUUCAGUGGAUGUGGUUCAUUGUCUGUAUUCCUCUCAUACAGAUUUUGGAAUAGAGACAACAUGAACUCAUUUCAUAUUUUCUGCACAAUCCUUGCUGCGUUUUCACUGGUUGGAUUUCUGGUCAGCUCGCUUUUGCUCAAACAACAUAUUGUUACGAAGAAAAUUAAAGUAGAUACUCCUGAUGAAGAAGAAAGGUGAGAAAGUUAAUAAGUUGCUAGGUUGUCAUUAAAUUUUGAAGUAGCCAUAGCAGAUGAAGAAUCACCCUCAAAGGCUGGUUUUCACUGCUGACGGAGUUGAAAUCAUAAGCGCAGUCAUAAGAGCACCUAAGACCUUGUGAAAAUCAAAAGUCAGAGUUGUGAGGAAUCAUAUGCGGAGUCACAGUUGGAAUAAUCAGAAUGUUUCCAUUUUCUUCCAACUCCGCUUAUGACUAGGUCGCUUAUGAUCAAGUGAAAACCAGCUUGUCAGAGUUGGAAGCAAAAGCAGAACCAAUCACAAUGCACAUUCCCAAGCUUUGUGACUGGUUUUCUUCUUCCACUUCUGCUUCCGACUCUGACUAUCUAGUUUUCACUUGAUCAUAAACGACUCAGUCGUGAGUGGAAUGAGAAUGCUGUUUUCAUCGAAUCGUUAAGUCCGUCAUUAGUGAAAACCACCCAAAAAAUCUCCCAGAAAUUAUAGGAUUGAUUACCCGUAACACUAAGUUAGCUCAGAUGUAACAGAUGUUACAGGUCUUACGGCCCCUAAUGACAGCUCUGAUUGUGCUGCGGUUGAGUAAAUUUUCGCAUCACUUACUUUUUGGAUAGCAGUAAUAUUGAGUAAUCAUCUGACAUAUCUCCUUAUGACAAUCAAGCUGGUGAAAUUUCUCAUUUUGCAAAUGAAGUACUGGAAGAAAUUUCCUUAAAAGUUAAAAUAUAUUUUUCGGAUUUCAAUUUCUCCUCCCUCCCAUGCUGAAUCUUUCUCUCUUUUGUCUUUAUUUUAUUAAAGUUUAUUUGUUAUAUGUCACGUAAUGGUAAAUGUCUGCAGAUUGACCUUUUCAGAGGUACUGCAGUACACCACAGUCAUUUGACUGUUUAAAUCUGUCCACUGUUUAGAAUGGCCUCCCAUUACACAACAAUCCUCUUCUCACUUCUCACUAUAAAAAAUGGCCUUUAAUAGGACACUGGCUUAACUGACCCACUAGAAUGAGAUUUGUUGAGAGGUUGUUGGAGGAUAGAUGCAUGAGGAGGUGAUUUGGCAUUUACCCUGGUGAAUUAUAAAACUGAAGUUUUGAGUGCCAAUUUCCCUUUCCCAACAUCUCAUAGGGUAGAAAUACACUCUACAACUCCAGAAGAUGAUCAAUCCCUUGAGCUGAAGUUAUUUGUCAAGCAACUGGUUACACACUCUAAUUUCUUGUGGUUUGCAGUUAUGAACUUAGUACAAGUAAGUUGACAUUAAUGAGAGAGUUUUUAAGGGACGGUGUCACCAGGAGUAAUCAAUUCAGUGGAAUCUCAGAUUAAUAAUGUGGCCAGCCACUCUAACAAAGUCCUUGUUAUAACAAACCGUUAUUCUUGGCUCACGCAUGGAUGGGACCCAAAAUUGAGUGAAGAGAACUGAGAGAGAACUUGCUUCUGGCUAGCCAAGAAUGGAAAACGUGUGUAAGCUUCACACGAGCUUGUCAAUUUUUAAUUCCACUCUUGUAAGUGUUAAACUCAAAAAAUAGACUAGUUGUGAUAAUGUUCAGAUAAGGUAGAUGAUUACUUGUAUGUGAAGAACUUUUCAGUCAUUCUCGCCGUCUGACACAUCAAAAAGAGAAGCUGUGUUGCUUGCCUCGCAUAUGACUAAAUGAAUCCACUUAUGCAAAUUUUUACCAUUUUCUUUUCAGGUGUUUCAUUGCCAUUUCAACAGUAAUUUUUUCCCACUUUUUCUGGAUAAGCUCCUUGGAGAUUCCAUUUCACCCGAGACAGGGUCGUUUCUUCUAGGCGUGUCCUUCGUGGCCCCCCACAUAAACAAUCUGUAUUUCUUAAACCUUUGUCGUCGUUUUGGAGUGUACUCUGUGAUUAAGUGGUUGUUUUGUGUAAAGCUCUUGCUUAGUAUCAUUAUGCUGACGUUUGGACCGAACUGGCCUUUGCUGCUGUGUUUUUAUAUAGCCAGGUAUGUUCCAUUAUCAUAGAGUUCCGAAAUUAAUGAGCGUAACACUUUAUAGCCUUACAAAACUUGGCGAACCGUUUGCAAGGUAGGAUCACCGUCCUAGCCUGCGGAAACAGCCGUUUCUCCUAGCUCUUCGCCGCUGUGGAGGCAGGAGAAACGGCUGUUUUCGUAGGCUGUCAACAUCCUAGCCGGGUGAACUUGGUUAAGGCGAGACAAUCAGAGCAUGCUCGAGCGUAUUUCCUGGCUCGGGCAAAGUGUUCUCAUAUAAACGCUCGCUGAAGUUGACGCGGCUGGGAGAGUAAGCCUCCUGAGAAAGCGUUUCUCCAUGUGGGGCCUUAGUUGAUACGAACCGCUGAGGCGAAUGAUUCAAAUUUAGCUUCGAGUAUUUGACGUCAUUACUAUGAGCUGAAUUAUACGGAAUGGAAAAGUUCAGACUUCAUACUAGGUAUACCACGCGAGCAAGGCUUUAAUUUUCGGCUGAAGAGUGGAAACAGAAUGGAGUAAGAGAGAAGAUUUAGUUUUUAUAAAGCAUCUGGAGGGCUGAAGUGUUUGUUACAUUGCUGUUAAAUCUAUCUAUCUAUUUCGGGUGCACCCGCACUGAUUUUAUAAGUCUGUCCCAUUCCCGUCUGUUGGCCAUGACAGGUGCAAGAUCCUGCCUCGAAAGGCCAGUGCCACUCUCUAGUUGGUCAAUAAAUGUGGUUGCUGUGCGCCCCCUUGAGCGUCUGCCAUGUUUUGGAUCCCAAAGAAGUAGUUGGGAACAGUAAGUUUGGAAAGGUCAUUCAAAGAAGGCGAAAGUUCGCUUUGGUUUCCCUUUUCGUUUUUCUUUUUCCCAAUGCUCAUUAAGUUCAAACCUGUUGCUACUCCUUCUGAUCCUUUUCUCGAGAUUCAGAUUGAAUGAUCGCGAACUUACAAUAAAUUCGUUAUUCACUCUGAAAUGACUUAGACUUAAUUGCAAGAUAACAGUUCUUUGUUUCAUUAUCUUUCAGCAAUCGUGUCUUCACCGAGGGGACAUGCAAGCUCCUCAAUCUGAUAAUCAGUGAUCUUGUGGACGAAGACUUUGUUCUUCACAAUCGAAAACAAGCGAUCUCAGCGCUAAUAUUUGGAACAUCAGCACUUUUAUCCAAGCCAGGACAAACCCUAGCUCCUCUCAUAGGAACGUGGCUUUUAGCCGAGCAAACCGGUCACUCCCUAUUCUACACGGACGAUUUGUGGGCCUCGUCUUCCAAUCGUAGAACGAGCUUUCAUGACAGCACUAACAGCGCAUUACGUUGGGGCUGUUUUUAUGUACUUGUGUACGUGCCUAUCGUGUGCGCGUGUGUACAAAUUUGUGUGUGGACGCGAUUCAAGUUACAUGGCAGUAGACUUAAUUGGGUCAAGCGGAUGCGAGAGGGUCGUUGGUUUAUCUCCUCGGAGGUUUAACUCUACAAAAAAUAAUGACCUUGUGGCUUUGUAACAGAUAAAUCGUGCGAAUCGAUGACUUUUUUUAAUUUUGCGGUUACCAAUUUUUGCGGUUGGACCAUUCUAACUGUCUCACUUUGAAUCAAUUUGUACGAUUCUUGCAAAUUGCAUUCAAAAUUGUUACGCUGAUUGGACACAAAAAGACAUGCGAACCAACAUCCGAGUACCGUUGUCCUUUAUUGGUUGGGGGCUGGUGAAGGGCUUAACUAUUUUUGUGGUUCGUGAAAGAAACCACUAAAAUCGCAAAGAUUAGAACCCGCAAUAACAAAAAAUGUGCCACACGGUGAGACUUUCUGUCUCUGUAUAAAGCUAAAAAAAAUGUGGAACUUGAUUAGCAACAUUUCUGCAAAUCGAUUUGAUUACAGAUGUUGCACGUUUUACCACCCAGUUUCGAACCUGUCUUGCAAAGUUUUUUUCGUGGGUGGUAAAAAGCGUAACGUCGCUUUCCAACUCGUUUUGCAGCAAAGUCACAGAAUAAGUUUUACGUUUUCAGUUUGUUGCCCGUUUUACCGUACCUGCCUUAAAAUCACAGAACUUUAUAAAGCACGAAAUAGAUGCAACGUGUACCCUGUUUUGAUGAUACUGAUGUAGUAGUAUCGGCUCCAAAAUUCUCUCAAGUUUUUCUUUAAACUGUAGGCUAGACAUGGGAGGAUACAUUCGGCGAUGAACACAAAGUGACCACUGAAUAACUAAGGAAGGUCCCGGCAAACGUCGAACCUCAUUAAAAUCUCCUCUUCUCGCUCAUUGGCAUUGGGCUUUUCUCGUGUGAAAUUGGACGUUCUAAAGUGAACACUUUAAGAGGUCUUAAAGUCAAGACUUUAAGGAGUCUUAAAGUGUUCACUUAAAGGAGUCGUAAAGUGAGGACUUAAAGGAUUAAGUUAUAUAGGGCAAUUUAUUGUAAGAUUUAUAUAAGGAACUUUGCCCAUCAUCUUAGAAUGAUCCCUUCAAGGUGCAAGUACACUAUGAAAAAUGCUGGUUUUUUUAAGCUAUUUUUUCAAACUUUUUCUUCCUGGCGUUUUCUCCAGUUCACCCUCUUAUUUCGUAUCCAUCUUCUCUGGAGUAUAACUGUUAGGUUUUCGAAUAGUACUAGCAGUACCUCAAAUAACCCUCGAUGGUAUUGCCCCUCUUUUGAAGAGGCUGUUGGAGUGCAAAACAGUCCGGGCAUGUGAGGCUCGCGCACUUCGCGCGUGUGAGCCUCUUAAGGUACUCUUGCACUACUGUUUUGCAGUCUUAGUCUUUGUAGAAAGCUGUACAAGCAGACUGGUCUUCUUCGCCCCUAUCCGGACCCGCUUCGCGUCCUCCUAUAUCCUUCACUGAAGUAGCAGUCCAACCACAUAAAACUGCGUUUCAGAGAUUUUCUACAGUUUCUACUCCGGGAAGAGAAUCACUUAAGAACCCACUUGCAUGUAAAAAAUAACGCUGAGUUUAAAUAAAUCGUGACUUUGAAAGAGCGUUUUUUCAAAUAUAUAUAUUUUGAAU